AUGUCAUUGCGGUGCCGACAACAUAACCACUUACAUCGAAAACCGGCCUCCAGAGCUUGUCUGUCCGAACCUGCCCAGGUGCCAUCGUACUGGGGUACUCGGUACUUCGAUCCAGUAGCCAUUAGUGCGCUCUACACAGCAUUGUGUACCACAGCAUUGUAUACGGUACCACGGUACGGGCCAACUCCAUCCGGUAUUGUACAAUACCAUGCGCUGUAUGAUGCCAUUCCAUACAGGGCGCUGUAA